AUGCGUGCGCUGCUGGCGGGGGUGGCGGCCGUUUCGGCUGUGGCUGCGUAUCUCGAUCCGGCUGAUGGACAAGGCGUUGCCGUAGCCAACUCGUCUCAUACCUUAAGCAAGAGGUCAUCCUUCUUCGGCACAGCAACAUGGUAUGACGUGGAAACAUGGGUAGCUGGCGCGUGCGGCCAGUACAUUGACAACGACAUGCAUAUUGUUGCCCUCAAUGAGCCAAUGUACGGCAAUCUUGACUCUAAGUCCAAAUGGUGCGGUCAGCACAUCAUGAUUGCGAAUGGCUUGAAGACAGCUAGGGCGGUUAUUAUGGAUGCAUGUCCAGAGACGGAACAGUGCCAUCAUGGAUCUCUCGAUAUGAGCAUGUCCUUGUUUCAGGAAUUUCACGAUUUGAAACUAGGCGUGUUUCCAAUUACUUGGUGGGUCAUCAGUAACGACAGCGAUGACAAUGAUAAAGGAGGUUCGAACGAUUCAUCUUCCUCGUCCAGCAAAUCGACCUCCCGUCGUUCAAGUUCGUCGAGCGCCACACACAAUGCUUCUCCGAGCUCCCACAAGGACUCUGCCACACCGUCAUCCACACACUCUACAGACGCACAAGCCAAUGCUUCGCGCUCGUCCAAGGCAUCUGCUGCGUCAGCCUCGUCUGCGUCAGCUAUGCGAGCUGCCUCCUCAGAGGCUGCUGCGCAGUCCAGGUCGCGUGCCUCUGCGGCUAGCUCCCGAAGCAGUGCUUCAUCGGCAUCGUCUGCUUCCGCAUCUAAAAGUGCUAGUAAUUCGAGCUCUUCGUCGUCUUCUUCAGUCUCCAGCUCGACUAGUUCGGCUAGCUCGACUAGUUCGGCUAGCUCGACGAGCUCGACGAGCUCGACGAGCUCUUCGGGCUCAGCCGAUUCCACUAGCUCGUCCACCACAACCUCUGCGACGGGAGGCAGUGGCAGCGACGACAAUCCUCAAGGAGGAAACCUUCAGAAUUUCGUCAAGGUCCUAAAUGGCCUGUCCAUGCUGGUUCAUGCGGCUGCACAGGGAUCUUAG